UGGAGACAUGAGCCAUGUCACUGCAUCAAGCAAACGCCGCCUGGGCCAAACGCUGGUUUGUUUUAAAGCUCCACGUUUCCCAAACAUGUGAGAGAUCCGGUGCUCUCGAGCUCCCAUCCAUCUUUCGCCACCUCGAGCUCCCCUGACCCUGACGUCCUUGGACAUCUCGACCAUUGUCGGCAAAGCUUUGGCCAAGAAUCAAAACCUCCCAACUCUUACAUCCCACAAAACCACCAAGAUGGGUUGUCUCAGCACUCUCAAGAUCUGGAGGAAGAAGGGCCCAGCUCCGAAGCCAGUCGUUACCCAUGCCAAGGGGGUCCACACUACAUCCAGAGACAGUUCCCGUUCAACGGCAACCUAUGAUGAGAAACACGCUUCCAUCGCCACCGAGGCAUCUUCACUUUUACCGUUCGAGGAAGCGAGACUCAAGGAGGAGGAGGCCGGAGACCCCGAAGUAGCCAGAAGACGAAGGGCCGAGGAAGAAAAGAAGAGGCAGGCCGAGAGAGAAGAACAGGAGCGACUGGAUUUCUUUCAGAUGAUGUGA